AUCUUCCUGUCAGAAUUGUCAUGUAUAGUGUCUGGUGAAACAGAUGAUGAUGUGGACGAGCUUCUACAGAGAUAUGACAUUGAUGACUUAGAUAUAGCUGAAGAAGAAUUAUGGAUGGUUGAAGCUCCUGUUCUCCCAGGAUGUGAUACACCAGAAGAGGCAGAAGAAGAAGGAGAAGUUUCUGGUGAGGAUGAUGAUAUUAAUGUUACUGUUGCAAGUCAAGAUGGGGAAUUCCAGCUUAGAAUGUGGCCACCUGUUGCCAGUGAAAAUAAAAUUCAUGUCACAGAAGGCACUGAAAAACCAACGUCGAACAUUUGGCCCCCACCACAGGCAAAAGAUUACAUGAAAUCUGUGAAAGACCUACCAUCUAAUAUCAGAAUGAUUGUACACAAACAGACAGAAACACAAGAAGAUGAUGAUAAAGCUACACAACCAAGUACUGAAAUAGAGAGUUCUAGGACAGAACAGGAACUAAAAACUUAUCCUGUACAUCAAAGUGAUUUUGAGCGUGCAACAGGACUUGUGGAAGAUUCUAAAUCACAAGGAGCUGGUGGCCAAUUGAAACUUGUGUCUGCAGGAAAGCUAGAUGACAAUGUAGGGGCUCUACAAUUAGAACAUAGUAAGGCAUUUGUCUUUAUUUUAUACAUGUUUUCUUUGUUGAGAUAAAUAAAGAUAUAGAUGUAUACCUCUAUCUGUAAAGUUUUUAAUUUUAUUCUGUUUACUUAUGAUAAACAUUAAGAUAGACACUAGAUCACUAGAUUUCUUCAUGACUAUCUGGUUUACACCAUAUUGCUCAUGAUUGUGAAGCUAAUAUCGCAUUACCUCGUGCCAUAACACCACAUUUCCUCAUGCUUACACCACAUUUCUUUAUGCUUAUACCACAUUUCCUAGCUUACACCACAUUUCCUUAUGCUCACACCAAAUUUAUUUAUGCUUACACCACAUUUCCUUAUGCUUACACCAUAUUUCCUUAUGCUUACACCACAUUUCAUUAUGGUUACACCACAUUUCCUUAUGCUUACACCACAUUUCCUUGUACUUACACCACAUUUCCUUAUGCUGUCAGGCUUAUAUCACAUUUCCUAAUGCCUCCAAGGAUAACAUAGUAUUUUCUCAUAAUGACUGUAAGACUACCACCAUACUUUUUCAUGAAUGUAAGACUACUAAAACAUUUUCAUAUGAAUGUAAGACUUCCAAAAUAUUUUCAUAUGAAUGUAAGACUUCCAAAAUAUUAUCUCAUGAAUAUAAGACUAUCAUCAUAUAUACUCAUGACUGUAAUGCUUUCACCAUUUUAUCUCAUGACUGACACUAUGGCCAUAUUUUCUCCGGACAGUGAAGCUGGUACAUUGUAGGAUUCAACAGUGAUUAUUUAACGUAAAUUCAGCCUUCAUCACAAAUAAGCCAAGAUAGACUGAAUUAGAACUUAAUCAUUAUAAAUAAUUUCAAAUUUAUAACAGCUUUGUAAUAUGUUAAGCAAAAGUCUUAACAAUUUAUAAAAUUCUAUCCCCUUCUGUUGGAGCUUAGACAUGUCACAUUUAGUAAUGCCAUAUAUAACAGCUUAUUUUAUGUCUUAACCAGUAACUGUUUCAGUGUGUAAUGUGCAGGAGGGAUGUGAAUUUUAUCACUGGUGGAACUU